UGGAGUGCAACGCGAUAUUAUGCACCGGCAUUUUUCAGUAAGUGCUUUUAUUCAAUAGAAGAAUUUUUGCAAUAUCUGGUCACAGAUUUGGAUUUUUAACUAGUUUUAAAUAGUCUUAACCAUAGUUACUUAGUACUGUCCUUUUAUAAACAAUGUUUGAAAAAUUUUAUACAGAUAAUGUGAUAUACUUAUACCCAUUACCUGAUAUAGUAUUUUAAUAAUUAUAAUAAUUGUAAAUGAUUGUAACCUAGAUUUAAGAUUUUGAUAACGCUAUGAAACUCUGUUUUAAGUCUGAAAUACUAUAUACAAUCUAUAACUCAACAAAAUUUACUACUGUAAAUCGUAUCACAGUCAAUCUUAAAACUAAAAAUUGCUAACUAAUACCGGCCUUUAUAUAUAUAUAUAUCCGUAAUCCAUUCUUCAUUCUUGUAAAAUCCAGAAUAAACGCGACAGCAUUUUCGCGACAAUAUCCUUUCCACUUAAGUACAUUUCACUGUUAAAUUUCAAACAGUCCUCCCAAAUUAACCAGCCAACUAUUUCAUCGAGUAGAUAACGUUAUAAACUCCUCUAGUACUAUGGAAUAGGUUAUUAGCAACAUACUCAAGUGGCAGGCUGGAGGGCUAAACUUUAGUUUUAUCAGCAAAACAAUUAAGAGAAAUUAAAUUGUACCCCCGAUGAUACGUGAUAUAAUGUAACUCCCGUGAAUAAUUGGGAUUGCCGGAUCCUGCAGCUGCUACAAAUUAUCUUGUAACGACAUAAGUUUCAAAGCUUUUGCCUAAUUAAACCGUUUAUGAAAGUCCAGGGGGCGGCAAAUAAAAUUACGAGCCUCGAAUUACUGCGAGAAUGGCGCAUUUAAAUUGGUGUUUUUACUAUGAUGUUUGGGUAAAAUCAAUAAAUUGUACUAAAGUAAUUUUGUUUUUCAGUGAACUUUAUGCCGGGUAUAACAAAAGCAGUUUCCAAAUACCUACUAGAAAACUAUAAUUGGUGAAUUCGAACUAACUUCUAGUUCAUUGUAACUUAACUUGUAAGUACUUAUUGUCGUUUUCAAACAUUACUGGAUUUCAAGUAAAGAAGUUUUCUACAUAACAAUUUCUCUCUCGCCGGAGUGUGUGUGGUAGAAAACUUUCAAAUUUUAGAGUGGAUUUCAAUUCAAAGUUCAGUCUAGUUUAAUUUCUGGCAUAUCGGGUUUUAUCGCGACGAAAUAGAACCUAGUGUAUGGGGGCCCUUCAAAGUUGUAUUUCCAUAGAAACGCCCUUUAAAUAAAACCAGCACGUCAGCUACAUACGCUGUCAUCAGCUUUUACCGCACGUCUCACAAAAUCUGACAUGUGUUUCCAGCCCAUAGUUGUUUAGCGAAUAGUGUGUCGAAACAAAAAAAAAACCUUUUGAGAUAAAAAAAUGAGCACCCCAUCGACGGAAAAAGAUGCCGGCGUUAAGGCUGUGGGUGAAACAGAAACCGAAGAAAAUGAAAGUCUCCUGGAGAAAUGUUGGGUGGAAGAGUAUAAGGGAGAUAGUAGAAAGUGGCUGAUUAGGGAUGCUUCUUCGAAAUUGCCGCACGGUUUAUUAUGUUCCACAAUGAAAGAGAGCUACCCGUGCCCCGUUCAGGAAAAAUCCAAUGAAAACGAUAUGGGAAUAAAAAAGCGGCUACUUUUGAAGAAAUUUUUUGAGGAAGCGGCUGAAGAAGUGAUAAAAGAACGUGAAGAUAUACAUAAAAAACGCGACUGGUGUACAGAAUACCAUACAAAUUUUAAAGCAGAUGGAUUUAAAGUUGAGGACAAAUUAUCCAGAAAUACAGAGAAUAUCCAGAAGUAUCCGUUAUACUCUUCAGCUCCAGUGUCAUACUACUCUUUCAAUCAAAAGAAAAAUCCCAAAGAAGUACUGCACGGUUUAACGAGAAUAACAGAUCAGCAAAAAAUAUUCAAAAGAAAUGGGCAAUUUACGAAACCCAUAACCGAGUCUCUGGAUUUUAUUGAAUUAUAAAAACAUCUU